AUUAUCUGUGAACGCUUCAACUGGAUUGGGGGCGACUUUUUGUUUCAUCUGGUGGAUUUCAAGCUCGUUUUAAGACGAUGGUUUGGGUAUAGACAAGAAACCCGGGAGGUAACGCGAAAUCUGGUCUAGCCGCUCCUUCGGGAAGGCCUGAUCGUUUCGCCAGUGGACCUGAACAACAUGGAGGACCGCAGGUCUGCAGGACUUCUCUUCAACGUCAACAACAGCAACAACAACAAAGACAAGGAUGAGAAGAAGAAAAAGAAGAAGAAAGAGAAGAAGAAGAAAGUCAAAGUUGAGAAGAAGAAAGACAAAGAGAAGGAAGAGAUUCCACGGGAGAUCACUGCGGUGGACCCGGCGGGAAACACUUAUUACCACUGGCUCUUCAUCAUCACGGUUCCCGUCAUGUACAACUGGACCUUCAUCAUCGCCAGGUGUGCUUCGAGGAACUUCAGAUGGACUACUUGCGCUACUGGACUUUCUCAGCGACUGCAUCUACGUGGCUGACAUGGUCUUCAGAACCAGGACAGGCUACUUCUGGUUAAGGAUGAGCAGAAGCUACGUGAGUUUCCAGUUCCGACUGGAUGUUCUCUCCAUCGUCCCCACUGACAUUCUAUAUGCCAAGCUGGGUCUCAACUACUCCGAGGUCCGCCUCAACAAGCUGUUGAGGUUCAACAGGAUGCAGGAGUUCUUCCAGAGAACUGAGACCAGAACCAAGUACCCCAACCCAUUACGGAUCUCCAACCUGUACAUUGUUAUAAUCAUCCACUGGAAUGCCUGUCUCUAUUACUCAUUCUCCAAAGCCAUUGGUAUGCUUACACGAAUUGUUAGUUAGCUAAACAAUCAAGAAAAUACACAUGCACCUUGUUUUCCUUCCUCUACAGGUUUUGGCUCAGACAGGUUCGUACA